GAGGAUUAAUGGACCAUAUAGAAAAUAUCAGGCUAAAGCACGGAAACAAAAGGAUAAAAAGGGCAGAAAAGAGUGUACAAAGACUUGGUGACAAGGUGUGACAUGCAGUCAUGCGUCACUUAACAAUGGGGAUACGUUCUGAGAAAUGCGUCAUUAGGUGAUAUUGCUGUUGUGUGAACAUCGUAGAGUGACUUACACAAACCUGGGUGGUGUAGUCCACUGCACACCUAGCUGUAUGGUACUGGUCUUAUGGGACCACCGUUGUACAUACAGUCCGUCGCUAACUGAAAUGUUGUUAUGCGCCACGCGACUGUAUUAAUAAUGGGAGUCCCAGGGAAAAGAGAGAGAGAACAGGGCGAGAGCAGAUAUUGCAACCAACAAAAAAGCCAGUAUUUGAGGAGCUAACGGCUAAGAAUUUCCCAAAACUGAUGGAAGACUUCUAGAAUUCUGAUAAUGUUCUGUUUUUUGAUCUGGGUGCUUGUUACACGAGUGUGUAUGACUUUGUGAAAGUUUAUUGAAGGACACAUUCAGCAUUUGUAUUCAUUUCUAUUCCUUAUGUUAUAUUUCAAUAAAACGUUUUAAAAAAAUCUAAAUGAAUUAAGUCAUAUGCAGAAUUCCUUAAAUCAUAAGACAGAUGUGAUUUCACAGGAACCGACUGUUAAUAAUUCUCUCUGAUAUGAGAAUAUUAGAAUAUUGAUCUUGAUUGAUUGAUCUUCUUUUGAAAAAUUAUUAAGAGAAAUUAAUGAAAUUUACUUUUCAUUUUGUAGGAAAUUAUUUCAGUGUAAGGUCGGAGGGCCUCAGCAAACAGACAGAAUGAAUGCAUUUCUAAUAUUAAGUGUGUUGAAAUAAGAAUUACAGUUUUUCUUAAAAUCCUAUUUUUCGAAUAUUCAUAGAAAUAGUCCUUCCUAUUCUUAAAAAGAAGAAUCUUUAAUUUCUCCCUAUUGUGUGAAAAGGUUGUAUAAAUACUUACUCGAAUCCUUUCUCUGUACUGUGUUCCUGAGCACAAUCUUCCCAAAUAGUCAUUCAUGCCUUUCUGGGUUUUUUGUUUUAUAUAAUUAUUCUGUGACAUCUUGUGAUCAGUAAGGAUUAAAUAUCUUUUCUGUGUGAUGGUGAUUCUUUUUUUCCUUUAUUGUUUUCUCAGUCCUGGUUUCUGAAAAGAAAUUAAGGUUUUACAUGUGGUAAAUGGUAUAAAAAUGAGUAAGGAGAAACUAAAAUGUCCCCAUCUCUUUCCCCCACCCCCGUGACUAUCUUGUUGCUAGUGGAGAAUUUUUUUUUUAAAAAAGCUUUACAUAGAACACCUUUCUAUACCCAAAUUGAAACUGGAUAAAAGCAAAGUAUCUUUUAAAUCCUUGCCUCAUUUCCUGAGGGCAUAUUAGACAGUAAGAACUUGAAAGUAAGCUGAAAUUUGAGAAUAUGUAAAAUUACAAGAUUAUUCUUUCUUCCAGAUUUUGUAUCAGAUUGUACCAUCUCAUAAACUGAUGUUAGAAUUCCAUAGAUUACUGAGAAAAUCAGGUAAAUAAUUUUUGUUUUACAUCUCUUUGCACAGGUAAGCUGUAGGCGAGAGAUAGCAAACUGUGGCCCAUGGGCCAGAUCCACCCCUCGCCUGUCUUUAUCAGUCAGGUUGUGCUGGAGGACAACCACAUCCGUUGGUUUUCAUAUUGUGUGGCUGCGUUUGCAUUACAGCAGCAGAGGUGCAUGGUUGUGACCCAGACUGUAUGGCUCACAAAGCUUAAAUAUUUCGUCUGGCCCUUUCCAGAAAGUUUGCUGACCCCUGCAAUAGAACAUUAGUCAAUAAUUAGCAAGAGAGAAAUGUCUUUAAUUUAUAUAAUUCACCUCAUUUUAAUCCCUACUGGGUUUCAGCUCAGUAUGUAGAAGAACAGACUUCUUCAUAGGAGAAAAUCAGCUUAAGUCCAAUAGGUACUGGGACUACUCAGUUCUUCCAGGAAAAGAGAACUUAUAUAAAAUGUCCAAAUAGGGCAGGUAUUUUAAACGGUGCUCUCAGUAGUAUAUAACCCAUAUAGAGAUCACACUAACCCCUGAAUUCGUUAGCAUGGGCUAAAUUAUUAGAUUGUUCAGAUUCAUUUCAGGAGAGCAUGAGCAAAAUGAAUUAUUUUAAGCUGUUAACCAAACUAGAAGACUCAGGAUGCAGUAGUAUUUUAUCAACUGAAUGUGUUUUUCAGCUUUGUGCACUUCAAUACCUAAAGGAAACUCUAACUGUUACGACCAUUGCAGAAAAAGAAGAACACCACAAACUGGGGUUGGAGGUGUUAUUUGGAGUCCUAGAUUUUGCUGGAUGCACUAAAAAUAUAACUGCUUGGAAAUAUUUGGCCAAGUGUCUCCGACAGACCUUAAUGAGGAGUCACCUGGCCUGGGUUCAAGAAGAGUGGAGCUCCAGGAAAAACUGGUGGCCAGGCUUUCACUUCAGCUACUUUUGGGCAAAAAGUGACUGGAAGGAGGAUAAAGCGUUGGCUUGUGAGAAGGCCUUGGUGGCUGGAGUAUUGUCAGGAAAAGGUUGUAGAUAUUUUCGGUAUAUUUCAAAACAAGAUCAUCAAGUCUUCAGGAAGAAAAUUAAGCGGAUGAAGAAAUUAGUGAAAAAAUACAGUAUCGUAAAUCCAGGACUCUGAUACGGAAUUUUAGCUAUUUCCGAUCAGUAGCUACAGUGUAGCAGCUCGCUAGGUAGUUAUCGAAUGUAUUUAUUUAUUUGGUGUUUCAAGAAGCCAGUUUUAUGGCUACAAAAAAGUUAUUUUUAUAUAUUUUUUUACAUUUCUUUUACUGUCUGUUAUGGCUAGAGAAACAGUCUCACUGUCUUUGCUCUUUGCAAAUAUUUUAUUUUU